GCCCAGGCCGGGGGCACGUGGCGAGGGGCGGGGCAGCCGCGUUUGGCGGGAAGUGCGCAGGAGGCGGCGGCAGAGCAGCGGCGGCCAUGGAGCAGCCGCCCGCGAGGGGCUCCGGCGCCCCCGGGCAGCAGCAGCAGCAGCAGGAGGAGCAGGACCCGUCCGGGGCGCCGCUGUCGGCCUACGAGAGGCAGCGGCUGCGGAACCUGCGCGAGAACGCCGCCUUCCUGGCCUCCCUGCAGCUCUUCCAGUCAGCGGCCCGGCUGCGGAGAGGGGCCACCGGGAGGCGUCCUGCCCGAGUGAACAGGGUGAAGCAGGCCAAAGCAACCGUGGAGACGACGCUUCGAAGAUCGAUGCGCUUGCAGCGAAUAGACCCCCUGGGAGUGCCACUUCCAGAAAAGCCCGUUCUGGCAGGACCUGCAGUGGAAGAGCAGCCCCGUUUGCCCCCAGGUCCCGUUCACAUGGUAGCUGCUGACCAAGACCAGACACCUGAACUAACAGAAGAGUUUCUGAGCGAAUGGGCAAAGAUAAGCCAGAUCGAGCACCAGAAGACGGAGACGUCUCUGCCUCACCUGGAGAGUUACAAGGCCGCUCUGCGGGGCAUGGUUCUCCAGGAAGACGCGGUCGCCAAAGUGGUCCACACCCGGAUUUACUCCGUCGCUGUUCACCCGUCCGAAAGCAGAACUUUGGUAGCGGCUGGAGAUAAGGAGGGGCACGUGGGCCUGUGGAACUUGGAUUGCUCCUCGGGAGAGGGGGCGCAUGCCUUUCUUCCCCACAGCCGGCCAGUCAGCUGCCUGCAGUUUUCUCCUGUGACCCCUGCCCACCUCCUGUCUCUGAGCCACGACGGCACUCUGCGGUGCGGAGAUGUUGCGCGAACUGCCUUUGAUGAGGUGUAUCGGAAUGAGGAGUUCGCCCUCUCCUCGUUUGACUUCCUGGCCGGCGAUGCCUCCACUUUGGUUGUGGGGAUGUGGGACGGGAGGGUGGCCGUCGUAGACAAACGGACACCUGGAACGUCUGCUGAGGUUUCUGCCGAUCUUAAUUCAGUGACGAGGACUGUCCACGUCCACCCAGUCAGCCGACAGUAUUUCAUUGCUGCGGGAGCCAGGAAUGUUGGCAUUUAUGACGUCCGGCACCUAAAGGAGAGCGGAAGCCAGCCCGUGGUCCCUCUCGUGGGGCAUUCCAAAAGCGUGGCUUCAGCGUAUUUUUCCCCCGUCACUGGCAACCGCGUGGUGACCACUUGUGCUGAUGAUUACCUGAGGAUUUUUGGCACCCAUUGUUUGUCAUCGAUGGCUCCCAUUCUUACAACUAUCAGGCAUAACAACAAUACAGGCCGCUGGCUGACCAGGUUCCGGGCGGUGUGGGACCCCAAACGGGACGACUGCAUUGUGGUGGGCAGCAUGGCUCGACCAAGACGAGUGGAGGUCUUCCACACAACCGGAGAGCUGCUGCAUUCGUUCUCCAGUGCCGACUACCUUGGCUCCGUGUGUUCCAUCAAUGCUUGGCACCCAACCAGGUACAUUAUGGCAGGGGGCAAUUCUAGUGGGCGCCUCCAUGUUUUUAAAGAGUGAAAGUUGUGCAUUGCUGGAAAGGAACAUUUCCUUUUAUCUCAGAGAACCAAGAAUGGUUUGGAUGCUUUUGUUUUGGUUUUUGUUUAUAUCUGUUUGUUUUAAGGCUAAGAAACGUAUUUGGAAUAAAAUGUAUUCAAUCCAAUCUUAAAA